AUGGCAUAUGUUCACUUGCAAUACGAUGCACCGAGGAGCAGUGUGGGUGCUGUUGACGAGACGCAUGCACAUGGCCAUCCGGCACCUCCAGAGAGGUUUUCGAUGAACUGGAAGUGCCAUAUGGUGAUGCGUCAUCAGGAAUUCAGCCUGGAUGAUUGCUUACUAUCGCUUGGCUCACAAAAUCUGUUCAUAUUUCUGUUCGCACAGGCUAUCGAUAAGCAGCACGAUGGCAAUGUACAGGCCCUUGCAUUGCGCGUUCUACUUCAGUUCCUUGGCCGAAUCACGCCGUCCAUGUGGGUUGAUUCGUUAACGAAUAUUUAUCGCUGUAUAGCACGAUGCCUAUCUUCACCGCUUGCCCAGCUUGAUGAUCGGAUGCUUCAAGUAUGUCCCCUCACUUUUCAGGCUGAUUUUUUUGUUUAA